AAAAUUCACUGAAGUUCAAUGUGUACAUUGUACAAAUAAAAACGCGUAACCUCUAUUAUAUUUAAUAAUUACUUUAAAUAUCCCUUUCAUUUCAUCAUAAUAAAUUUUAUGACUUAAUAUAAGUUUAAAACAAUGAUAAUAUAACAUAAAUAGAGAAACAAUGAGUGGUGGUGUUGUACCCAGCAAAUCAACUGUUUACAUUUCAAAUUUACCUUUCUCAUUGACAAACAAUGAUAUCCACCAACUUUUACAAAGUUAUGGAAAAAUUGUAAAAGUGACAGUAAUGAAAGACAAAACUACACGACGAAGUCGUGGUGUUGCAUUUGUAUUAUUUCUUACUCCAGAAGAUGCUUUUGCCUGUGCUAAAGGUUUGAAUAACACAGAGAUAGGUGGUCGUACAAUUAAGAGUUCUAUAGCAGUUGAUAAUGGACGCAGUACUGAAUUUAUUCGUCGAAGAGACUAUCCAGAUAAAUCUCAAUGUUAUGAAUGUGGGGAAGAAGGUCAUUUAUCGUACAAUUGCAGAAAUAACACAUUAGGACCAAGAAAUCCGCCAUUAAAAAAAAUUCGAAUUAGGAAGAAACAUAAAAGCAAUAACAGUCAGCAUACAAAUGAUUUCAAUAAAAAUAGUGAUGAUGAUUUAGGAGAUGAUAAUUGGGAAGAAGAAGUAGAAACAUUAAGUGCUGCCAUUGCAUUCGAGCAAAGACAAAAGGAAUUAGAAAUCAACCAAAGAGUAGGUGGUAAAGGAUAUGACGAUGAGGAUCGACUAAUACAAAAACCAGGAAAACGAUAUAAGAAAAAUCAGUAUUUCAGUGAUGAGGAAGAUUUCAGCGAAUGAAAUAUCUAUUACAAGGAUUGAAAAAUAUCAUUAAGCAAAAAAAUAAAUAAGAGUUCAAUAUUCUUGGAAAAUUGUAAUAUAAUGCAGUUUAAAAGACACUGGCUGUUAAUUUUGUAAAAUAUUGCCUUUUAUGUACAUAGAUUUUUAAAUGUGUUAGUCUU